AUGUCUUCUUCCUCGUCGUUGCCGCCUCCCAUCUAUCUCGCCGGCACCCCUCGUCGGAGCCAAUUGCUAGCUCACCGUCGCCCCAAAGUGAGAGGACAUCAUCUUGUUGCUUGUGAGCGGGCUGAUCAUGGCGAUUGCAGUUCUGGUGAUUGUCCAUCUGAUUCUGGUUUCUGGGGAAGAUGGGAUGAUCAGUUCUACCAGUGGAAAAAGAGUACUCAGAAGUACCCAAAAGCUCAGCUGUGGACAUUCCCGCUCAUCGUAGGCGGGCCACUCGGUGUCGUUUCAGCCGCCGAGUUCAUUGGCGGCGUGUUCUUCGUCGGCUACAUUCUGUGGGCUCUCUACUUCUACACACUCAGAAACCUCGCCCUUCUAUCCACCUUCAAGCUCACUUCAGCAUAG